GAGUGACGUCAGACAGGAACCAGUGGUUAGGGAUCCUGACAAAUCAAGAUGGCGUCCUACGCCGAAGCAGGAAAGAUAUUUCACAAUAAAAAGUAAUUUGAAGAACGUUCACUUUUGAGUGCCAUUUUCAACACGACGUGGUUUGGAUUUCGAAGGAAAAGGACGGAGCAGAUCCAGAUCUGUUUUUAGAGUCUCUAAAUGGCUGCGAAGAAGUCUGGAUCAGAUGCAUACAACAAUGGUCCCAUCAGCUACCUUGAUGAUGUUCCCUUCAAGGUUAAUGAAAAAUUUCGCUGCCCAGCCAAAGUGGGCCUGCCUGUUGGUUUCUGCCUUCCUGACAGUGGCUCUCUGCUGGCAGACUCUCGGUAUGACUUUUCUCUUGAGAAACGGAGUGUGCUGUGGGGACUUGAGCUGGCUGAGGCCAGAGCAGCACAGGCCAGAGCAGAAGAGGCAGCAGCCAAGCACGAGGCAGAGAGCAACGAGCGUUUGGCUCAGGCUAAGGCCCAGGACAUUGAUGGUGGUGGAGGAAAGAAAGCUAGAUCUGCUGCAGACGACCAGGAACUUCCACCACCUGCCCUGAACCCCGUCCUGGCGGGGCUGAGCCAUAACGCCAUACUCACUCCACUGCCUGCACCCAGCCUCGGCCCCAGGAAAGCCCAGCCUAGCAUUCCUCAGCUGCACAGCCUCAACCUAGCUGACUUUGAGCGAGAAGAGGACCCAUUUGACAAGUUGGAGCUUAAAACUUUGGACGAUAAGGAGGAGCUCAGGAACAUUCUCCAGAGCCAGCCUCAACCUCAGCCUCCUCCGUCUGUGUCCUCACCAGAGGUUUCUCAGAUAGGGUCUCGUGGAAACAGCCCGUCUCCUCCCAGCAGCAACACCAGCUUCCCAGCCAAACCAGGCUUUGCCCACAAACCUAAUGGUUUGGUUGCUUUGUUGGACAUGGACAAGGUUGGGCAUCAUGGGAGAGUGGGAUUUGACACAGAUGAGCGGCCCUGUAACAUCCGCUCUCUGACUUUUCCUAAGCUCUCUGAUUCUGCAGACCCAGAGCCACCGAAGUACAGCCCACUAUCUGUACCCUUCCCCACUGCCAGAGAGAACCUCCCGAAUGGCAGCCCACCGACCAUAACCAAGACCCAAGUUAUUGUUGGCCCCGAGCCACCGAGCCACAGCACACUGAAACCGGCUAACCCAGGGUCAGGUACUGCUGCUCUGCCAUGUGGUGGUGCCCUGCUCAGCAUGACCCCCAGUGAGCGUCAGUGUGUGGAAACCCUUGUCGGAAUGGGCUACUCCUAUGAGGGUGUCCUACGUGCCAUGCAGAGACAAGGGCAGAACGUGGAGCAGGUACUGGAUUAUCUUCUUUUAUCUGGACGUCUGUGUGAGCGCGGCUUUGAUGCAAGUGCAGUGGAGGAGUGUUUAGACAUGUACCAGUGCUCAGAAGAAAAGGCUUUGCAGUUUCUUGAGCUUAUGUCAAGAUUUGGUGAAAUGGGAUUUGAGCGGGACGCCAUCAAAGAGGUGCUGCUGGUCCACAACAAUGAUCAAGACAAGGCUCUUGAGGACCUGAUGGCUCGUGCUGCAGCCAGUUGAGUCAAGCCUACCAAAGCCCAGCCGAGGGCUUUCUCCCCCUGCAGCCACCCUACAGCCCCUUUUCCUUCUGCCUACUCUAUCACAACAUGCCCUGACUUUGCUUUGGCUGUGGAAGAGGCAGCUGGGGAAAAAAGAUCUGUUUAUCUCUGUGCUAAAAUGUUUUGUGUCUCAGCACUUCCUAAAGACUUUGUGCCUACAGUGGAGGGUCAAGGUGUCAAGCAUCUUUUGUUCAAAGAAAUCCUGAGAUUUGACUCUAGGAUUUGGUAAUGCUAGAUAUUCAAAAAUGCAAAGUGACUUGGAUGGAGUUGGUUAAAGAAGUGGACUGUGGUGUCUUGAUGCUGUCCUUAUUUGCUUCCACUUGGAAGUGUUUAUCUAACUGCUGGCUACGCUUCUGGACUGAAUGGGGAGCUGGUGACGGCGAUUGCAUCACAGAAAGUCCAGUCUGAAAUUUGAAAACUCCCAAACUGUGAAGCUGCCAUCUUCCUCUGCUUCGAGCAGACUUGGUAAGUGGUGGUGGUGGGGGGGAAAUAUGUGGUCUUAAAGAGGCCAUCUUCAAAAUGAACCAACUAACAU